AUGUUUGGUCUUACAUGUUACAUCAAUUUAUGUUCCUUUCAGGCACCGAUAGAGACUAGGAAACUCAUGGCAAAUUGCAUACGCGCAUUAUGCAAUUCCGAUAUCAAAGAAGGCUUCCGACUCGGAAACGACGUCUCCCUUCCGGAAACAAAGGUGCCCUCGCCUCAAAAGCCACUGGCGAAAAUCGGGGGCGCCCCUCCCUCGGACCGAAAAAUUCUCGCAUUUUUCGCGGGUAAAAUGCACGGUUAUCUCCGUCCGAUACUAUUAAAAUAUUGGGAGAAUAAAGAUCCCGAUAUGAAGAUUUUCGGUCGGUUGAAAAAGGAUAGCUACGCUUGGCACAUGAAGAAUAGCAAGUAUUGCAUAUGCGCCAAGGGCUACGAAGUGAAUAGCCCUAGGGUUGUUGAGGCACUUGUGAACGGAUGCGUGCCGGUGAUUUUGUCGGACAAUUUUGUCCCUCCGUUUUUCGAGAUUUUGGAUUGGGAAUCGUUUGCCGUCUUUGUUCUUGAGAAGGAUAUUCCGAAUUUGAAGAAUAUACUCGUCUCGAUUUCGGAGAGUAGGUAUGUUGAGAUGCAGCGUAGGGUUACGCAAGUGAGGCAGCAUUUUCUUUGGCAUAGUACACCUUUGAAAUAUGAUUUAUUUCAUAUGGUGCUUCAUUCAAUUUGGUAUAAUAGAGUUAUGAGGCUGUCUGCUUAGUAAUGAACUUGUUAUCUGAAUU